AUGGCUAUUCUAUCUAGAUUUUUAACGAUCCUACUGGUUUGCGCUGCGAGCGCGCUGGCUGCUCCGGCUCCGGAACCUACUGCUGCUCCAAAUCUUGAGGAUGCACUUGCAAAGAGAGCGACUACGUGUACUUUCAGCGGGACAGAUGGUCAUUUAUCUGCAAGUGCGUCGAAGACUUCUUGCUCUACCAUCGUCAUUUCGGAUAUGGCGGUACCUUCUGGGGUUACAUUGAAUUUGGAAAAACUAAAGGAAGGAACUACGGUAAUCUUCAAAGGCCGCACCACCUUCGGCUACUCCGAAUGGGAAGGCUCCUUCAUCUCCAUCAGCGGCAACAAAAUCACAAUCAAAGGCGACCCAGGCAGCGUCCUCGACGGCCAAGGCGCCCUCUGGUGGGACGGCCUCGGCGGCGGCGGCGGUAAAACCAAACCCAAAUUCUUCAAAGCAAACAACCUAAACGACUCCAUCAUCGACGGAAUCACCAUCCUCAACGCUCCAAAGAACUCAUUCAGUCUAAACCGUGUUAACAACCUUAUUGUCAAAAACAUCUUGAUCGAUGAUAGGGAUGGUGAUACCCUUGGUGGACAUAAUACCGAUGGGUUUAAUGUUAAUAAUGCGGAUGGGGUGUUUAUUACUAACGUUAGAGUAUACAAUCAAGACGAUUGUAUGAAUGUUAACACCGGGAGGAAUAUAGUUAUGACGAAUAGUUUUUGUUCGGGUAGUCAUGGAUUAUCGAUCGGUUCAAUCGCAGACGGCGCAGUUGUCAAAAACGUUACAUUUGAAAAUAUAGUAGUGGAGAAAUCACAGCAGGCUAUUAGGAUCAAAACUGUCUCUGGAGCUGUAGCUUCCGUGUCGGAUAUUACUUAUAGGAAUAUUAGGAUCAAUGGUGGGGAUGUUACGGAUGUGGUGGAUUAUGGGAUUAUUAUCGAUCAGUCUUAUGGCGGGACGAAGAAUUCGCCGACGAAUGGGGUUAAUAUUACGAAUUUUGUGCUGGAGAAUGUUUAUGGGAGUGUGCCGAGUGAUGCGGUUAGGGUUCAGGUGCAGUGUGGGACGAGUACUUGUACGGGGUUUAGGUGGACGAAUGUUGGUAUUACGGGGGGGAAGAAGAGUACGAAGUGUAUAAAUGUGCCGGCGGGGAUAUCUUGUUGA